GUUAAUUUUGCUAAAUGUCAGUUGAGUUGAAUUGUCUUUUGUCACACUGUGUAGCCUAUGUUGUGUCGAACAUUAGCUUAGCUUAGUAAGUCGCUGUAUGCAAAAUGUUGAAUUGUAAUUUCUGUGGUAAGUCUGUUAGGACUUUGAGAGGUUAUGUGCUUCACUGCAAACUUCACAGAAAUGAACCGCGCUGUUUAUUUAAAUGCUUUGGAGAUGGAUGCAAGCAGACAUUUUGCAGGUAUGGAGCUUUUAAGGCUCAUUUUUACCGGAGGCAUAAUGUUGUAUCUGCUAAUGAAACUGUCGGGACGGCUAUGACCACUUUUAAAUGUGUAGUGGCCUUGUGUGAACGCCAGUGUCAAGACACCAAAGAACUGAUUGCUCACUUGAAGGAGCAUAUUGUAGAAGGACGUGCUGUAAGUUGUCCAGUUAGAGGAUGUAAUACUGAUUUCCGGGUCAAGUCUUCAUUUACUGCGCAUAUGUCACGGAAGCACAGAGGUUUUACAGACAGCAGUGUAAGUAAUGUGUACAGAGAAUCUGCUUCUCAUCCGUCAACAUCUACUCCACCUGAGUCAGGUGACUUUGUCCCUCACUGUGAUGCAGGUCCAGCUACAGGCACAGAUGAAGUCGAUUUGGACAUAUCUGAAAACUUCAGUGAUCUUUAUCUUAGAAACGGUGAUCCAAAUCUGUGUGGACCAGAGAGGACCAUUGAGAACUACAAUUCUGCUGUUGAUCGCCUCCAGACUGAAGAUACAUCACCACAUGUGGAAGGAGUGAAGUUUAAAAAUGGAUGAUGCAGAGCAAAUCAACAUACGCAGUGCCAUCACAAAGGUGUUGCCAGACCUCCCAGCCUCAAUCUUGGAUAUUUUAGUGGAGACACUCCAAUCAUUGGGGGUAGAGACCACUGAGGACUUUCACUUCAUUCAGGAAACUGAUUUGCUCUCAACACUGAGACCAAUUCAAGCAAGAAGAUUGGUAGCUGCCUGGAAACAAACCACACAAACCAAUGAAGGCCAUAGCCAGGCAGCAUUGUCUUCUCCAUCUUCCUCAACAUGCUCUUCAGUCAGUCUCUCCCCAUCGUCCACCCGCUGGAUUACUCCUGCAGACUGGGUUAACGACUUCCAGAUCCCAUGGACGAAGUUUCCUGAAGACUUGAUGCAGUGUUUAGAGAGGGGAAAAAGGCCAAGUCCGCGGCUACGCAGAGAAAUGGUCCGGAUUGUAGUUACUGAAAUGAUGAAAGCCUGUGCCUCUCCCAGUACAAAAGCCUCCACAGAAGUUGCCAAAAAAAUGACUGCAAAGUAUCCACGGUCACUGCAAGAUGUCAUAGCAGGUGAUGUGGUUGGACUAGGAUAUCACUCACUAGUCAAGCAGUUACAAGCCCGAAUUGAAAAUGUGAAGCGGUCUUCAACACCAAGGAUAAAGAAGCGCAAACAGGUGUCAGAUGAGUAUGACACAGAUGAAAUCCCAGCUGAACAAAGGGCAGCUAUGCAGGACACCUAUGGUUGCGUAAAGUGGGAAAUGAAAUAUAUGCCAUUGAGUGAGACACCAGAAAGCCAACAGCAGAAGAAAGACAAAAUGAAAGCGCUCAGUGAACAGACUAACUUCAGCCCAGGCGAGGUAGAAACUCUUAUGAAGUGUACCUACUACUCCCAACGUAAAGAGAUAAACCAGGGAACAGAUCUGCAAUCCCUCAUGGAGGAGUGGCCUUUUUUGUUCCAGGAGAUUGGCAUGACAGUCCACUUCCAAGAGCUCACUGGCAUAUCGCUGAAAGAGACUUUCCUCACCAAUGUAGAAAAAAAGGGAAAACGGCUUCUGGACUUAAUGAGGACCAUGUGUGCAAACAAGAGCAAAAGAAUUCUUCAGGCUGUCACAAAGCUGGAAAUUCUGAGAGGACAGUUGGAGGGCUGCUCAGAAGAUGUCAAGGAUAUGGUGCUCCUUCUUCUCUCCUACUUUGAUGAAAAAGAGGAGAACCUCUUCCACUAUGUUGAACAAACAUGUCUGGCAAAAGAAGUACAAGUGGAAAGCUUGCCUGUUACACCAUGCAUCAUUGUAUGUGGAACAUCUUGCUAUGCCUCAAGGCAGUUCAUGCUGAGUGUAGAUGGCAAAGUUGUGAAUGACCACAUCCCCAACUUCAUCUCUGCCAUCUGUUUGAUGUUUGGAACCUACUACUGCCUCAAUAUCCAUUAUCCUGUGGGUCUGGGCUCCACACUUGAGUUCCUUCAGAGGUGUUUCUUCAUGAUCAAUCCUGAGAGGGGCACAAAAGUUGAAACAAAGAAGAACAAGAAGCAGCUGACGGUGAACCCAAGAGUCCUCACCCUGAUCGCAGAUCUCUCUGACCAGGAUUGGAGAGGGACAUGUUAAAGAUGGACUUAUCCAACUGAACUGUUAAGUCUGACCUCUUGCACAGCGCCACCUGUAUGAACCGGUAUGAAACAAUGUACGCAAAGGCUGCAACUAAUCAUAGUUUUCAUAAUCAAUUAAUCUGUGUAUUAUUGUCUUGAUUAAUUGAUGAUUGAUUGAUUGAUUGGUUUGGUCCAUAAAAUGUCAGAAAUGGUGAAAAUGUGGAUCACUGUUUUCAACGUCCCAAGGGACGUCCACAAAUGUCUUAUGUCCGAUUUUGUGUAUUUUUUGCCAUUUUUGUUAGAGGCUGUACUUUCAGUUAGGUCAAACAAUUUGAAGGUUUUACUUGAACAAUAAGAUCAAGGCAACAGCAAUAUAGUGUAUUAUUUAUUUAUUUUUUGCCAUUUUUGUUAGAAGGUAAUACUGACUUUGGUUACACAAUCCUAAUUUUGCAUUCCAUGCAGGGAGUUUUCUAGUUUUGGCUUCUUGUUUUAUAUUAUGAGAAGCAACUUUUCAGAUGCUGUUGUGUUACAGGGAACAUUGACUCGAUGGAGUUUGUUUAAUAGUGUUUAUUUUGAUGUGUUGUCUGAACAUCAGUGACUUGAUUAAAGUUUGAGUUUUGUUUUCCAGUUUUGAC